CUCCGAAACAUCAGCGAGGUGUUACCGAUCUACGAUUCGAUUCAGCAAAGGAGCCAGCGAAGAGGCAAAAGUGUUAUUUUUUUCUUAUUAGUGCGCGAGCCAUUUCACUUUUUUUGGAUCUGCGAUCGGAGUUUGUGUCGGUGAGGUGGAAAAAAGGUGCGACUAUUCGGAAUUAAACAUUUGGACACAUCGAGCCGCGAGAAAAACGGUGAAAAGUUUCGGCGUAAAAGUAAGCGAAAAAGAAGAGGAGCUCCCGUGCGAGUGAGUGUGCUCUCUGUUCGGAGGUGGUGCUCCGGAAUAGAAAGGAGAAAUUUCCGUAGUUUAAUAAUUGUGUGUAACCUCCGAGAAGUGAGUUGUGGGGAAGAGCGAAAAUAUCAGGAAUCUGUAAGCAUAGCACAUCUGGAUUACGCGAGUGGAGUGCCGUGAAUCGGGAACGGAAGUUCCAGUCUAGGAUUGAUCAAACCCAGGACGCUACGGGAACGGCAGUGAAGGUGACUGGAAUCCGGAAAACAUGUCAGAGAAACCAGCACAGAAAUUAUCGGAGUCGGACGAUUUUACCGAUAACUCAGUCGAUAACGCCAACGAUGCAGCGCGCGAAGACACUUCACAACAAAGCGGAUUGGCUACGGUUGAGUCCGAAUACGACACGGCGUCCGAUUCGCCAUCGGACGGCGAAGAGUACGACAGUGAUAGUCAAGAGGACGAAGAAGCAGUAUCCGACGGAGAAGAAGACGAAGACGAUGAAGAUGCCGAAGAUGGGUCGGACGAUGAUGUGAUUGAAGUGCUGGACAACGAACGCCAGAGUGGUGAUGGUCAGGAACAGGAAACAGACAGUAAACGGAAGGUCGACGAUGAUGAAGACCGUAGCAACCCGCAGUAUAUUCCUAAGAAGGGAACGUUCUAUGAGCAUGACGACCGCACAUUGGAAGAUGAAGAAGACAACAAGGGUGGUGAUGAAAGUUUAAAUAAUGACGACCUUUCCGGAGUGGGUGGCGACCGGAAGGUGGACAAAAAUGCGGUGUCAAAAAAUGCGACAAAGAAAUGGCAAGCGUCGGCUGACCGGUGGACACACGAUCGAUUCGACGAGGGCGAGCAAGCUCCGAAAUCCAGGGCAGAGCUGGUUUCAGCCUAUGGAUACGACAUCCGCAGCGAAGAUGGUCCUCCGCGAGCCCGUAGAAGGAGGCGUUAUGCACGUGGUCCUAAUCGGUACACUAGGAAUUGGGAAGAUGAGGAUGCAUAUUCAAAAUCCAAUGUCGUCGACCAUAAUCGGCAACGGAAAGUGCUGCGGCCGGAGGAAUUCCCCGAGUUGGGCACUAACAACAUUAAAUCGCGUCAAAAUUCCCGACGGUCUAGCAAGCAGUCACGAUCAUCCGCUGGUGAGCGAGGAGAUGAACAGCUGCAUCCCGCAGGUGGAAGGCAGCGAGCGGAAAGGAGGACCAGCGAACGCAGUCGGGGUAGUAACGGUAAUCGAAGCAUGGGUGAUCGUGGAGCAGAAAGGGACCGUGGCGAUAAAUAUGAGCAGCAGCCCCGCUCUGAUCGUGAUAGGAAUGACAGGGAACGUAAUUGGGAUCGAGAUCGUGAUUAUGAUCAGCACGGACCAGAAAACUAUCGGGAUAGCAGAACUGAUGGCAGCCGAUACAGCGCCGAAAGGGUCACCAGCAAUAACAGCUACCAUAACAAGGAGAAUAAGAUGAACAAUCGAGGUAGUAAGGAGAAGGAUCGACGAGGAAGCGAUUACAAGGUGAUCACUUCGCUGCAAUUCAAGAAUCAAACCCGUAAUAAGACCAUGGAUGGUGGUGGCAUUCCGGUGAGCGGUGGAGGUGGCGGAAUGAACCAGGUUGUCCAUAGCUGCAGUGCGGGGGCACUGUCCGGUAGUAGCAAUACCAACAAGAUGAACAAUGCGAUGGAUCGCGUUCAACCUGUACCGGAACGCAUGUUGGAUCAACGUGCUGCUGUUCAACAUCACUAUCAGAAUCAGCCUCCACAAUUGAUUCAGCAGCAGCAACAACAACAACAGCCACAUCAACAGAUGCCUCCACCACAAGCACAGGUUCCACAGGCUCAACCUCAACCUCCACCACAGCAAAUACAGCAUCAUCCGCAGACAUCGUACGUGAAUGAUGACCAUUACGAUUCAUACAGCGAUUCGAAAAUGCCGAAAGAAGCCAAGUUCCCAUAUAAUCCCCCGGCGAAUGCCACGAUUCAGUCUGUCGAAAUUGGACAAACUGACAUUGCGAAGUAUCCGACUCCAACGGGCCAGAGGGCCGGCAAAGAUCGUCAACCGGUGCUAGCCACUACGACAGGAGUCGCAAUGAACACACGAUCUCAAAUAUCUCCCCGGCAGAUAGUCUCGACCCAGGCCAGUCAAUUGACAUCGAUUCCGACAACGCAGCAGUUGUCUCACCAGCAACAACAGCAAAUGCAACAACAAUCCCAGCAGCAACAAUAUCAACUUCAGCAGCAAGCGCAGUAUCAGCAGUUGCAUCCGCUAACAACUCAGGCAGGUCCACCAACAGUUACCCAAGCUCCACAAACUCAGGUUCCACCUCCCCAAUUGCAGCAGCAACAAGCGCCAGCCCAAAUGACACAACCCCCUGUGGCUCAAAUGCACAAUGUCCAUAUGGGAGCGGCCGUCAGUCAACAGCAAAUGAUAGCUAACGAUAGCAAUUCGCGCUCGUCGAAGCGAUAUUCCAGCAACAGGCAACGAUCUACACUGGAUAAUCCAAAUGUUGUGGUGGUACAAUCUCCACUUCACGAACAGCAACAACAGCAGUUACUUCAACAACAACAACAACAACAGCUGCUGUUACAACAGGAGCUGCAACACCAACAACAGCAGAAGCUUACUUCACAGACACCGAAGCAAAAUUAUCAACUGAGUCAGCCAUCGCUUCCAUUGAACCUGCAGAACGAUUACCUCGUUCAAACUGCUAAUCAACCAACAGCUCCAAGCAAACCCCAACCGGUGAGCCAAGCUCCUGUCCAAUAUCAACACCCUGCAGCAUACUACACGGCUACGACUCCGACUGUAAACGAAUUCGUUGCCGGUACUCCCACUCAGCCCGUCCCAGUACAACAACAACCGGCAGUCCCAGUGGUUCCCCAACAACAAAACCCAUUGCUUUCUGCUCCACAGUACCAGCAGUACAACCAACCAAGCUCCAGUUCCCAUCAGUAUAUCCAAGCUCCGCCUCCGGCUGCCUACAUCCCGCAACCAACAACCACUCCACAACCUACUCCCCAAACUGCAACGGCCGCUCCACCGCCCCAGAUAUUGAACUACGUUCCUGCAAUUCCUCCUGCGGCACCAACCCAAUACCCCGCGGCACCCUACACCGGCUAUCCGAGCUUCAACGCUGUAGUUCCUCAGCCAGUAGCUCCAGCCGUUCCGCUCACUCCAGCCCCACCGGCCGCUGCUGCCGUCUAUCCCAGUGGAAUCACCUACUACGCCCCUCAGUCCCAGACACAAGCCCCCCGACCACUGCCAUCGCUGCGACGUCCAACCAGUGCGAUACCGAUCCUAGCGCCGCCGGAUCGCAAGUCAAAACACAACCGCAUCGGUACGGAUAAUGGCUCCGGUUCGAACAGCAACAACACCGAAGGUGAAGAAAACAAUGCACCCACUGCUGGGAGCAGUGGAACGACAACUACACCCACCGCAGGAGCCAGUGACAUUGAUCACAUUCUGGACAAUAUGUUUGUGCAAAGGGCGCCGUAUCAACCACCAACGCGGAAGAGUCCUUCACCAGCCCCCUCGGCGACGACGGGUGCCAGUACGGUUUCCAGUUCAGGACCAACGGUGGCUUGCAGUGUAGCAGCAGAUGGUGGUAUCGGUGUUGUGGCAAGCGAUCCUGUGAAAGCGGCCGAUAUCGAGCCUAUCGACAUGAUUGGCGAAUCGGUUAAGAAACUCACCAUCCAAGAGGAGAAGCUGCCCCUGGCCGAUGCGAGCGGUCCAGAGAAGCUAGAAGUCACCCCGACGGUAGCCCCCGUGGAUCCGACUGCCGGUUGACGUUACUAACCGUCUUCGUAGAGGUAGACGCUUACUAAGCUGUCAGCGCCCUCUUCCCCACAAACUAAUAUUGUACUCCCUGUCGUGAUUAUCUUGUUCUACAGCACCAGCCGUAUUCGCGAUCGCAUGUAAUCGCUUUUGCAUGUGUUUGAGCGCAAAAUCAGCCCCGCAGGCUGCCCGUCAUCUUUCUAUUAUCGACUUCACACGACAUCGAUUAUUGUUAUUUACAGUGUAUGUUAAGAAUCAGUAGUCCUUAUAGCUGCUACCAUACGUUUAUCGCCAAACCAACCCAUAGAAACAUACUCUCUUUCACCAAUAGCGCAGUACUAUGUAGGAACUGUUUAAGCGCUAAGUAGCAACAUUGUGAUUUGCAAAAAGAAAACGAUAGAUUGUUUAUGCUUGACAUGCUGCACCAAGUGAACACUCUUGUGCCGAUAACUUUCUUUUGCUUUAAACGUUUAUAUAUAUAUUUCAAAGCAACCAAUAAUUGCAUUGUUUGCGAAAAAACAUAUUUUAUUGGUUUGAAUCUCUAGUGUUGUUUUGUUUUCUUAAAAAAUCACACAGAAAUAUUAUGUGGAUUGCGCGUUGAUUGAAACAAUUGUGAAUUUAAAUAAAAGAAAAAUGCAAAAAAGCAUCAUAUAACCCCUCUAUUUAACGGUAUUUAGCAGAGUUUAGACGAAAAAUAGAAUGAAUAACCUUGUAAUUGAUGAAACGUCCUUUCCACAACGGAUGAUAACCAUCCGCCACAACAUUUCAUAAAAAUAAAACGGCAAGCUAUUCAAUUGGAUUUGCAAAACAAUACCUACAAAACAACUUUGUUUUUUAUUUUGGUAUUUCUUUUUCCUCCUUCGCGAGAUAGAUUCGUGGGAAAGCAUUAAUAUAUUUGACUAUUGCGUAUAGAUGGAACUAAUUAGGAAGUAGUAGUGAACACGAACAGAAGAACAAGAACGCGAUCAAGAAAAAGAGAGUAAAAUCAUUAGACAGACAGACAGGCAGGCGCACUUUUACGAAUAGAUAUUUGAAUUUUGAAACCAUUCAAGGUCGAAAACAUAAGCUAUAGGACUAAUGGUAAUUGUAAUGGAAAGUAAAAUUUAUGAAUUGUAUUUAUAAUUUAAAUUGAACAUACAAUAAGUCAGAAGUCUAUAAAAAAUAACCAGAAAAAGUGAA